UGUUAACGUCGAGAAUACCGAGAAUGCGUUUGGCAUGUUUCUGUCGCCGCUGAAAAGCAAACAUGUCGCAAGGAGGUAUGUCGGAAGUGCAGCGUCAUACGUUCGUCGAUUACGCAGCAGUUCAGAGUUCAGGUCAUUUUCAUUUCGACAUGAGUCGCCUGUAAAUCAUCGUCGGGAAUGACAGGUGAAAUGUAUUAUUACUUUCUCAAACCGGAUUCCGAUGCCAAAUCAUUAGUGGACAUACAAUCCCGAAAAGGGAAGUGCCGAAAUUCUAAAAGUGGGACGACGUCCCGAAUUGUCGUAAUCAUGAAAACUGCAUACAGGGACAAUCUCCCGAAAUAAUGAGAGCAUCAAGUUGUUAAUAACUUGUCAUACAACUUUGUGCACGUUCACCAAAUUGUUCUCUGUGUUCGACUUGUUGAACAAAUUUCUCAAGAGAAAUUAAUAAUAGAGCGCAGUGUAUCGACAGAUAAUGCGUUUGCGAUUUUUCUAUAAUUGUAUUUCGCAAGUUUGUCAAUCAAACAUAAAGCAUUUGAUUUGUUUAGAGCACGAAGGACAUAAUAAUAAGCAUAUUGGAGCUAAUAAUAGAGGCAUAAGUGUUAUAUAAAUGUGUGGAAGCAUAUGGUUAAAGUAGGAUACAUCGAAGUUGCUGAAACAUGCAUUAGAUGGCAGCACCAUGUCAGCAAAGUACCCGCCAACCUGCAUCGCAAUGAAUAUCACUGGAUUUCAACUAUUACGUUCGGUCAGUUGCAAAACAAAUAGCGACGUAGCCAGUACAGAGUCGAGAUACCAUCUUCUGCGAUUACUCUUCGCCGAAGGUAAGUCUCGCGGCCGAAUCGUCGGGAGUUGCCGGAAAUAACGUUCGCGUCAUGUCCUGACAAAACGCCGCUCAACAAUCGUCGGAAACGUACAUGUCGCGGGACGACCGCCGAGAGUGCCGAAACAAGUGUCGCGCGUUCGUGGUCGUUUGGAGAUCGAAUCGUUGUUCUUUGAGAUUCUUUGAGAUUGACCUGUUGAAAGAACGCGUAGAUCAUCGCCGAUAAUAGCGAAAAUAAGUUGCGCGUCUUCGUUUCGUGACGAGAUAUCGUCGCGUCAUGGGCGAGGAUUGGCGCUUCGCGAGUGCGACAUCUGCAGUACAAAUUGAAAUUUGUGCGUUUGAAAUAUCUCAAUAUCUCAAUCGGCAGCCAAUAUGGCUGUCGACCGUUGCACGGCGGUGCACGGAGUCGAAAGCCGUCCCGUGUUUUAUCGCAAUUUUUCGGGCCAUGGACGUGAAUCUCGCCGGCGAGUUAUCACCCCGAGUGUCGACAGCCAAUUUCGUGUGUCGCCGUGACAAAGUGGCCGUCGAGAGUGAACGUCGCGAGAACGGGGCCGGUCUGAGUGCCGUGUGCAGCGUCGUUCGUUUGUGUCGCAUCAGGACAAUUCGGGCUUCUGAUGGCUGUGUUCUGCUUCCGAGCUGCCGGAGGGAAAAGUUGCGGCCGGUCUCGAAAGUUCCGGCGAGAAAUAGGCGCGCGUAGCUUCGUACGCGCUCGGAGCGAUUCGGGCGGCUCCGCGUGCCGCCGAGCGGCGGCACUACUUCGCGGGCGCGUAGGGGCUCACUGCGCGUGCGUGGCGCGGCCGGCCGGGCGAGAGCGGCGCUGCCCGGCGGCGCGCAGAUAGAGUCGAACGAGGCCAGAUCGCAGAUGGACGUCCGCGCGAGAGUACUAUCGUGGGCAGCGCGACGCGCCGUGCCGUCGUAAGUACGCCCGUCAAUUGCAUCCGCCGUGUCGGUGCCCCCCGUCUCCGUGUGUCGUCCCAUGCGUAUCCCUCGCGCCGGGCUUCGGGAUUACGCGCCCGCUACAGUGUGACAUUCGCAGGCUGAACGAAACGAGAGUGAAUAAGCGCACACACUGUCGCGUUUCGAAUCGCGGCUAUUUGCGCGCGCGGCUCCUCCUCACAACAGAUCGUGCGCCGCGUCUCGUCGCGGUGACAGGCGUGCUCUGACAAUAAUGACAGCUCGGUGCUUUGACAGUCGGCCACAGUGACAGUUGACGACCCAGAGCCGCCCGCGAACGCUGCUGCUCCGGCGUGAUUCGCAGAGUGCUCCGUUAUCGAGAUUACCGCUCGUCAAUCUCGCGAUCGGGUGCACACACAGGUGUGUGUGUGUAUGUGUGUGUGUGUGUAUGAUAUAUGACGAUGUGUCGAUGUGCGCGCAUGUGUAUUGCGUGUGCGCCGUGAGAGACAGAAUUGUACGUGAGACGUGCGCGCGAAAUCGGUGACAUGUCACCGAAUCUGCGGUGAGAGGACGAUCAACUUCCGCGUGACACUCGACGCGGGGCAACGCGAGCAGAAGGUCCGGGCGAGUGACGGCGUAAAUCCACGUGCUCCACCUGGGCAGUGUCGGCAGCGGAGCGGAGAGGCGAGGUCGUGGCCGCGCCGAGUCGAUCGAAGGGGGAUACACACCACACGGGAGAGAACGCGCGCGUGUGUGUGUGUGUAUGAACGCGUUCGCGCGCACGCUCGCUCAUUCGCGUACGAGUGGGGCGAAGAAGCGAGUGUUUCGGCCGGUUCGCACUGACAGUCGACGAGGAGGAGGUGUGUACUUCCACGCCACGCACGGUUAUGUAUACGCGUCGCGCCGUGCUGCGCUCCUUUGCUCGUGAAUCGUGAUCGCGUAACGCGCGUGCCGAAAUUCCGCACGAGGGAGGGAGGGAGAGAGAAGGAAUGAGAAAGGGUGAGCGGGCCGGCCGAAAGGUGUUCUGAAGGUGAAGGACGGUAAACACGUAUUCUUCCGGAGAAGUGAAGGGCGGUCGUCAGUCGCUGCGUGACUUUCGGAGUCGCGCCUCGUGAAAAUCUCGAGCGUGGAAUUCGGCGCGCGUGUGUUGUGUGUUUACGCUUCUGGCAAGGACGAGUUACGACGCGUACCGCAGUGGCGAGCCGGCCAGCGAUUUUGGAGUCGGUUCGCGGAACUCUGCCGCAGUCGAGUGACGUUCACGAUCGCCGUCCGCGUGCGGAGAGUGAGAGAUAGAACAGCUGGCGGCGAAUUUGUCGACAGAUCACCGGCGCGCGAUCGACGUCAACGACCGGUAUUCGCGAUCCCGUAAGGAAGCGUUCGUUCCCGCUACGUCGCGUGCGUUAUCAACGCACGACCGUUUCGUUUCGUCUCACUGGCGAGAUCGCGUUCGCACAGAAGACGUUCGCAGACGAUUCCCGAUCCCGUGCGGACUGGCACACUCGAGCCGAGGCGAAUCUGAGCCGGCUGAAUCUCCGUCUCGGAGAAAAGCACGGUUCGCGUCAACGACCGGUUCUCGCUCUCGUGAUCCUUCGCGACGAGACUUCCGUCGAGACGGCCGAGCAAUUGUUGUUUCGCGCUUGUGCAAGAGUGACAUUCGCGCAUUUCCCGUGGGAGGGAGAGGACAGUUCUUUCAACGACGACGACGACCGUGGCCGAGUCGUAGCCGCGACGGGAAACGGCAAAAUCCGGACCGUCGCUAGUGAGCCGGAGUUAGUGAGUGAGUGAGUGAGUGAGACAGAGACAGAACGAGGAAGAAAGCAGGCGAUGCUGUCCGACCGUCGCAGUUAAUUCGCACGUGUCGCGAUGUCGGGUGGCACGGCGGGCGUCCGUGGCACCGGCGCCGAGUGCAGGAAGUUCGCGCCGAACAUAUUCAACAAGAGCAAGUGCAGCAGCUGCUUCAAGCAGAAGGAGGAGCACAGCGCUGAGGCUCUGGAAUGCAACAGGGCUACGAGGAAGAUCUCCAAGUGCGGAUACCUCUUCGUCGCGCCCGGAUGGGACUUCUCAAACCCGCUAAACCGGACAAAAAGAUGGCAACGGAGGUGGUUCGUGCUUUACGACGACGGGGAGCUGACGUACUCCGUAGACGAACAUCCCGAGACGGUGCCUCAGGCGAGGAUCGAUAUGACCCGCGUCCUGGAGGUGGCCGCCGCCGAGGACGUCACUGGACAUCCUUACAGCCUCGCCGUGACCUCGCCGGAGGGUGUGACCUUCGUCAAAGGGACGUGUCGAGAAGAGACCAGGUGGUGGACGGAUGUUCUCCAGGUGUACUCGCGCAACAAGGGUCGGCACAAGCGAAACGCAACCUUUCCCGGCGGACAGACGACAAUUCUGCAGGUUACGCCGACGAUUCGAAGUAACACGCCGAAUCCGCCGCGGCCGCGCUUCAACAGCUGCCGUUCGGAGCCACGCGGCAGCGCAUGGAUCCCCGAGAGCGGCAGCGGGCCGUCGGAGUUGUGCUCGUCCGUGUUCUCGUCGACGCCCUCGCUGGUGACGACCAGCGUCGUCACGGCCGCCAACAGCAACGCGUUGGCGAACGGGCAGAACGCCGCCGAGCUGAGGAACAACCUGCCGCCUUUGCUGAGCGGCGGCGCGCCGCUCGAGAAUGGCUCGACUGGCAGCUACCUGACGACCGGCGUGUCGACGUCGACGACAACGACGACGACGACAACGACGUCGUCGUCGUCGAUGAACGGCGGCGUCUGCAGCGCGGUCUACUCGACGACCACGACGACCGUCUCGACGGCGACGAGCGCCACUCCGUCGGGCGUUGUCCUCAGCAGCGUCGGGUCGCUGAGCGAAAAGCCGCCCAUGAUCCCUAACGACGGCAGGCUGGGCUACCGGGACCAACCUGCCAGUAGCGCGUCACCGCCGACCCGGGACAAGCUGCGCGCUGAGGACAAGGCCAGGCGCAGGAUGAAUCAGCAGGGGGAGCGGACGAGCGGCAUCAUCGGCGACGCCAGCGCAGCCUCCGGCGAGAAACUAGACGAUGAUGCGUGUCGGAGGAUACUCUUGGAGCAUGAGCGGGAAAGAGAAGGAAAGCUACGGGACAUUGCGGCUUCAUUGACUCAACCACGAGCUAGGAGGAUCAAGCCGAGGACUUCGGAGCCGACCAGAGAUGUCGUGGACGCGGUGAAUGCCGCCCAUCAGGAUAAGCUCAUCAGAGGCGAUCCCGAUGGCUGUGGUCUGGACAUUUCCGGCAUCAGGUAUUCGCCCACUUCCGAGUUAAGGGUCGAUCUGCCAGCAGAGGACUUGCUGAACAUCAAGAAGGGCUGGCUGAUGAAGCAAGGAUUGAAUAAGGAAUGGAACAAGCACUGGUUUGUUCUGAGAGGCUGUGGAUUGAUGUACUACAGGGACCCCUGCGCGGAGGAUAAGGGCAUUAUGGACGGCGUUAUAGAUUUGAACACCGUCACCGCGGUCACACCGCUUCAGGUCGCGAGGAAUUACGGAUUCCAGACUGUCGCUUGGGAUGACCGGGGUAGCACGGUGCUCUCCGCGGUGACCGCCGGCAUCAGAUCCAGUUGGAUGUCAGCGAUUAAAAGAGCAGCCAAUCUACCUGAUCCUGACGGCAACAACGUAGACUCCCUCGCCGUAUGCUCGGACACUCAGCAAGAGACUAAUCCGCAGUCUCCUACUGCGUCCAUCACAGACCGCGAGAGAGAUUCCGUUGUGGCCUCGACGUCCAUCACACCGAGAUCGGUGUUGUUUUCCUCGGACGAGGAGUACAGGACCGCUUCUGAGGGUGGGCGUAGAGAAUCCGGCGACUGGUCAGAGAUGCCGGUGUCUCCACCGCUAGUAAGAAACGGAGAUUGGUCCAUCACUCUGAAGGGUCCCGGCUGGUCGGACUCGGCGAAUCACGAAUGGUCCGAACUGCCGCCUUCACCGCCGCUAACAAGAACCGCGUUGUCCAGGGUGAAGGCCAGAUCUCGAUCGAGUUCCAGGUCGCGGGUCUACAAGAGGAGCCGUAGCUCGCCGCCCAGUUCGAGGAGAAGCACCCUGGACAGCGUGAGAUCGGAGGAUCUGAUGAUGGCUUGCUGCGAACUUGGCGAGGAUGAGGAGCAGAGCAACGGUCACUUGCAGGGUAACAGCUGUCUCUCGAGCGCCAACGACAGCCCCUUGAUCGUCGAGCUUUUGGAGAAUCAAGUGUCGCUGUUGCACGAUCAGCUGGAUCAGAAUCCGUCUCACCCGAGCACGCUACUAGUCAUUGUCGAGCGUCAAGAGAGCGAAAUUGAGAGCCUGAAGUCGCAGCUGAACAUGGCGCGUACGGAUGUCGCGAACGCAGAGAAGGAGCUGGCCAGAUUGAGACAACAAAAAGCGGAGGCGUCUAUCAGGGAGAAGCAGGUGGACGAGCUGUUGAAUACAAUACAGAGAACCGAACAGCAGAGAAACAAGGAUUUAGAGGACUUGGAGAAGAUGAAGAAGGUGUACAGCAGGGAAAAGGAGGUCUUGGAGUGCAAGUUACUGGAGACGGAAGCUAUCCUGCGGGAGACGAUGGAGAGAUGUGAAAUGCUCACGAACGAACUCACGUCGAGCCAUAGAACUGUCGAACACUUGCAAGCGGAAAUGUCGACUCUUAGCGACAGACUCUCGCAAGGUAUCGAGGAAAACGAACGUCUUUACAAUCGUGUGAGGGAAUUAGAGGAGAAGAAUGGACUGUCCGUUUCGAGAGAACGUGGGAGAAGUUUCGACUCGCUUAGCGACUUGACUAACAUCGAGUUGGAUUUGGAUUUGACUGCAUUAGACAAGGAAAGAGUCAUGGAGGAAUACGACGAAUUGCGUAGCCGCUUCGAGAAAGCCGUAAUGGAGAUUCGAGCUAUGAGGAAGGAACUACGAGAAGCUCACGCCACGCAGGAUGUGUUGGAGUUGGAAAUCUUCGCUCACAAGCAAGACGCGGCUAGCGUUAAUGAAACCAAUCAGGCGCAAGCCCAAUUAAUGGCAGCGAGGAUUCAGGAUUUGACUAACAAGUUAGCCGCCAGCGAGAAGCAGGUCAGGACGCUGAAGCAGAAGCUGACGAAAGCUGAAACCAGAGACAAGAGAAGGUCGCUCUCCCUGAAAGGAAGAGAAUCGUUCCAGAUCUCUCAGGAAGUGGAGGACAAAUUGCUAGAUCUGGAAAACAAGAUCUGCGCUAUAGAACGGGGCAAGAGCGUCAGCGCUCCCGUCUCUGCGGGCAGCAGUUCGAAGGAGUCGAGUCCGAACCCGAAGAAGGAGAAGAGGAGAGAGAGUAAGAACCUGGAUCGAGCCAGACUACGCAGAAAAUCAUUAGACAGCGCAACGAGUUCCGAACCGAUGAAAGUGCUCAUUAGACUGAGCACUUUGGAAACAAAAGUAGCGAACGUCGCCGAGACCAUGGCCAGUGAUGCGGAGAAGGACUCCAGCGAAUGCAGUGAGGUCAGCGGAUCUUCUGAGAUAUCGUUGGAGGUAUUGGCGAGGCUGAAGAAACUCGAGCGAGUAGUCGCCAAGUCGAAGCGACGAUUGGAAAAAUGCCUCGGCUCGACACAAGCGGAGGACAAAGCCGAAAAAUGUUUGCGCGAGGUAAACGACAUACUGGACUCGUGUUUAGAAUGUAAGAAGAACCAAGCCAGCGCUCAAGUCACCGAGUCAGUAGGAGUAGCGGUAUCUAGGCUAGAAACUACACUUAAGGACAAACUGAGCGAACUCACGAAGAAACGGCAGGUGCUGGCGCAAGAGGGUCGGCUGGACGAGAGGGAGAAGAUGAAGCUCGUCGCCGAGAGAGUGGCCUUCGAGUCCGUGAUUCUCAGACAGAUCAAGUGCGCACUGAACCGCACCACGGACAGAAGCGCCGUUCUCAGUGAAUUGGUCGAAACUAGUCAGCUUGCCUCAAGCUUAAAGCGUAAGAUUCACGGAACUAAGCCCAAAACAUACCAAAAUACGAAUUACAUUCAGUAUCUUACUAAGGUGUUAGCGAAUAAGUUAGUAUUGGUAGGGCACGCCGGUGCAACCGACACGUCAAAGGAGAUAAACGCGGCUCGUAGCGAGAGCCUCAACUUUUUGCUGCAGAAGCAGCGGGAAGUGAACGAGAUAAUGCGGAAAUAUAAGGACACGAAAUUACGGCAGCUUGCGGAAGUGUUAGCCGCCGAGACGCUGAGUCUGUCUGAACAGGAGGACCUCGGCAAGCAGAUCAGCGGUUCGAGCAAGAAGCUGCUCGAAGACAGACGUAUUCGCGAGGCUUGGGCCUUGGCUCAAGAGACGGUGAGCAAAGAGCUCGUACAAGCCGAGGUGUCGCACGUGAUCAUGCGUUACGGUCAGCUGUACGAGCAGAACGUGACGUCGAUCGUCGAUACUUGUCUCAGCUUCGAUAGUGCGGACCACGUCAGGAUGGAGUCAUGGAUGGAUGCAGCACAGACACGACUGCGCCAAGAGAUGGAGGUCUCCGUACAUGAGCUCUCGGAGGCUUACGAGGAAUGUCUUCGUGCUAUGAAGAAGAACAAGCUGACGGUCGACGCCAAAUAUGAGUCGCGGCAACUAUUAACCGAUUACGCCGACGUGAUCGCGCACAAAGCUUUAAUAGAUUCCAGAAUUGCACUUCUUCAGGAUACCACGCGACAGUCGGCCACGACAUUCCCCGGGGAGACUUUCGUAUCUAGUCUUAUUCGAAACGAGGACAUGCUUGCUUGUCUGACGGAUGAGGGAUGCGACUUUCAGAGCAAUCCGAUCAUCGAUGCGGAGUACAGUUACCUUUACCAGCGGUUGGCGAAGGAAUGCGAAGAGAGAGUCACUGGUAAACGAGAAUCGAAGGAGCAGCUGAAGAACGUCAGCCAAUCAUUGUUCCACUUGGAAGAGGACUUGGUCGGAUUCAGCAAGUGUAUGAGGGAUAAGGCGGUGGGUGGAAAUGUCGAUGGUGUCGUUUGGUCCAAGUCGACCGGCGGCAUCACAGAUUGGUCCAGCGUGUGCGACAAGUGCUUACACCUACGAGAGCAAAUAAGGAAGCUGAGUGACUACAUAAAUAGCAUCUCGUGUCAGACGUGCAAUCAACUACAGGAAACCAUUCAGAGGAUAACUGCCGAGCACAAUCAGGAACUGGAGACGCUCAAGCGCAAUCAGGAGAAGGAUUUGAUGGACAUCAAAGGUGAGCUGGAUAGUCAACGCCAAUCCCUUACGUCCCAAUACGAACUGGAAGCGGCCAGCUUGCGCGAGCGGGCCAGGAAAUUGGAACACCGUCUCAACGCGAUGGACUCUGAGCAUUCGGCUCACGUAAACGAGUUGAGGGCAGCUUAUCAACGAUCAAUAAGUGCCGAGUUAGACACCGACGCGGAGACCCGGAAAAGAUACAAAGAAGAGAUCAAGCAGCUACGCGCACUUUGCGAGAAAGGUCUGUUGGCAAUGGAGAAUUCUCAUAGACGCAUCAUCGCUGAGAUGGAAGAGAAACAUCGGCAAGAACUGGAGAGCCUGAGGAUAGAAAAGGAGCAGGCGCUCUCCGAGGAGACGCAAGCAACUCUGGCCGCGUUGGAUGCUAUGAGAAAGGCACAUGAACACGAGGUGCAGAAAGAGAUCGCCAAGUUCAAGCAGGAGUUCAUCAAACAGAUGCAAGCGCGCGAGGAUAUCGGAGUGCUUCAUAAAGAACACGAAGAAGAAAUGGAGGAGAUAAAGCAGGAAAUUCUCUCUCUGUCUGCGAAGUACUCGUCCAAAUGCGUGGAGUCCGCCGCGCUGGAAGAGAAGGUAGGCAACUUGUCGAAGCAGCUCGCCCAGGCGCAGCAGCACAUCAUGCAACUGGAUGCGAGAAACAAACAGCUGAGAGCGCAUCUUGUGCUGGAGACGAACGACAGCAGUAUCAGCGACACGAUACAGAUUCUACGGGGUCGAGACAACGAGCUCGCUGAACCGCGGGAGGAGAUACAUCGACUGCAACAACAAUUGAAGCAUGGGGACACCCCUCGUGAAUCGGCCGGUGUGCUGUCGAAAGCCCCGUCGCUAGACUACUCGCCGGCCUAUUCGCCGCAGCGCGUCAGGAGUAACCAAGAGUCGCCGGCCGCUCGGACGAGCAGCGUCGUCGUCGUCGGCGGUGACGGCGGCGACGGCGGCGGCGGCAGCAGCGAACAGAGAAUAACAAGCGAGCGAAGUUCGAAGGGCUCCUCCAUGUCCGGCGCGUUGCAAAAACGAUCGCUCUCUCAGACGAACCGGCCAAGCGCAUUCUCGUACAAGCUCGAGCGCGUUAAGUCCGUCUCCUUGCCGUACACGAGUAGUCUGGCUAGAUCGGGCAGUAGCUCCGGCGCGCCGUCGCACGACGGGAAAGACUCGGCGAGCUUAGAGCAAAAGGGUCAGGAGCGUAACGGCCUGGGCUCGCCGUUGUGGGACAGCUUGAGACCGAGGAGCGGACUGCCUCAUCAGUAUCAAGGUAGCACAACAGAGAUGCGAGUCGGCGGCGCUGGCGGCCGGUGGCAGGAGAGCAAGCAGAAUGAAAAGCAGCAGCAGCACCAACAACAGCAGCAGCAGCAACAACAGCAGCAGCAGCUCCCGGCGGCAUACACCCUCCGUGCCGACGCUCGUCACACAUCCCGCCUCACCCCGGAACCCUCAGCUCUCGCCGUUGCAGAGCUGAUGAGGUCUCCACCAGUGAGGUGGUCCAGCAGAAGUUGUCGCAGCCUGCCUCCGACACCCACACCGAGCUACCAUCAUCCACUUCAUCCUCCUCUACCCGCCGUCGGCAUGGUCGCCGAGAGGAAGAAGCGUUUCGAGCUUUAAAUCCCCUCGUUCAUUUCUCUUUUUCAUGUAAUUCGAUCAGCGCGAUGCCGCGAGAAAAUCCAUGCAAGGAUAGCACGCGAGAAUGAAUGUAGAAACAACGAGACGACCGAUUGCUUCCAACGUAUUCAGGAAUGACGAGAUUUGAGCAGGUCCAACGACAUAAUGUUUCGCGUGUAUCAUUUUUACGAGUAUUAAAAAUAGAAAUAUCGGGUAGUAUCUAGAAAAAAUAGAACAAAAAAGAAACUAAGUAUAACCAGGAAAAAAAAUUAAGUAUUCUGAUGUGCGCGCUAUUCUGGCACACGCUGCUUCUCCACUCUGAGAAUGUAAGACUGAAACUGUUUCGAUAUCGUCACUCACGGACCAACGAACUCUUGUAAAAUGUAAAUCCGCGAAUAGAUCGUUCAGACAAUACCGUAUUUUUCUUGCGAUUCGCGAGCGCGAGUUGCGACUCUCACCACUGCCGUACGUGGAUCGCGCGCGAGGUUUGGAUGAAUCUUUUGUCAAGCCAGAGUCAAAGUACAUUCGUCGUCACGCGACAAUAUUGAGCAUGUUUAUCAGGUAAACAUGAUUCAAUAUGCCGAAGAAACAGGUCCCGAUUGUCGGGACGAGGGACAAGUGUGACGCUGCGAUUUUUCUUCAUUGAUAAACGAAGAGACGCGCGAAUGUCGAGAGAGCUCAUCACGAGAGCCCAUCGAUCGCGACAUAAGUGAUUUUUGACACAAUUUUUCCCCGAGAAAUUUUGCUAAGCGUGUUUACCGGCGCGCCGCUCGGCCGGUCGUGGCCGCCGCUCUUUUGAUAUACGCAUUUAGACUUUGAUCAAGGCUUUUGAUCGUAGAUAUGCGAGUGGACGAGCGUUUUGCAGCGACUCAUCGUCGAUUUUUGGAAGUGCGUGUCUUCGGGCAUUAUAAUCUCCGCGCGAAAUAAUCUCUCACGCCAACUGGCAGAAUAGCCCAAUUGCACGUGAUGAAAUUGGAUUGGAAUGAAAUUUUUUGAUCUUAUGUAUUAGUUUCGGGAUAUGCAUGCGUCAUUAUUGAUCAUUUAAAGAAGGAAACAAUGUAUUGCAGCAGCAAUCUGUCACUGUGACAAUUUUCGUUUAUAUGUUUCGGUAAAGUCAAAAGAAGUGGGUAAUAAAUAAUUAUAAAUGGUUAUAAUGAGGUAUUGUUAAUAUUAUUUUACGAGAUAAUAUUUGGAGAUACUCUGAUGUUACUUAUUAUGAAAUUGGUCAAUAGAUAAAAAAAUAAGAUCAUAAGUAUAAGAUCUAGAUAAUAUUUAUGGAAAUAUCUUCAUAUCUGGAUUGUUGUGUAAUAUACUUAUAUUUGAAAGAAGAAACGUUGUAUAUUUAGAAGUAGUAUUAUAUAUAUUGUGAUAUCAUUUAUGUUAUAUAUAUUUUAUAAUUAUAUUUUAUUAUAUAAUUGUAAUAUAUAUAUAUAUAAUUUUCUGUUGUAGAUUAUUUUUGGGAAAUUUGAAUAACGGCACGCUUUUAAAUUAAGAACUAAUAGUGAAUGAUAAAUAACACAGAAUAAUAUUAAUACCUUGUUGCGAUAAUUUUCAAUUAUUUAUUACUUAUCUGUCUUAACUUUUUUGAGAUACAUUGCAAACAUAAAGUUAUCACAGUGUAAAUUAUGACACACCGUUCCCGUUUUUCUCAAGAAAUAAUCAUGACAAUAAUCAAUACAAAUGUGCGGAAACGAAUGUGUACAGUUAGAGAAUACGAAUAAAGGCAGGUCUGCAAUACACGGAAUAAGCUUGACGUAAGUUGAAGUAAAAAAUAAAUAAUUUUUAUUUCUUACUCACACUCAACGUGUUAAGGCGAUUCUGCUGAUUGGUGUGCUCUUUGGUGCUAAAAAUAAGAGUGAGUCGAGCAAACGCGUUAUUACGAGUCGUAUAUAACGUGUAAUAAUCGUCGUGAUAGAUGUCGCAGUGUAGCGUAGAAUCCGUGUAUUUUUCGAUGUAAAACUGUGCAAGACCGAGAACCCACUCGUUCUCAGGCUUUCGCAAUCUUUGGGAAUUUGCAUUAACGCUGAUGAGAACAUUUUGGUAUCUUGUUAACUGAGGGGUUUCGUGCAAUUCAAUCCUACUCUGACAGUUAAGUUUUUAUCGUUAUGAAGAGUUCGUAUUUGUCGAACAUCUACGCGAAACGAAAGGAAACAUUUGAUUGUACGACGAUCUAGAUCAAUUUCAUGCUCGCGACGUCUGUUCUCAGAGAGGAUCCUGUUGUGUUUGUUAUCUUUAAGACCCAAAUAUCUCUUGAAUUAUACAGUUUUGGAUAUUACAGAGAAGACAUAUCGUCGAAAUCGAGCGAAUGUAAAAAAAGGAAGAGAGAGAGAGAUAGAGAGACGUAGAAGAAAAAACAUUUAGUUCGUUAUUCAAGAACGAAGAGAUCGUUUUACGCUUGUUUCUCGCUCUUGUUAUGUAUAGAUUUUGCACAUAAAAUACGGCGUUAUCGUACCGCACCGUGUAUUACCGCAUUUUCUCAUUGUGUAAAUGCCCUCUUCUUUCAGGUUGCGAUCAUUUGAUGUUAAAUAUUGUAUAGUUUAUGACGUUUUAUUAAGCAGCAAAGGUAUAUAAAUAGGCGAUUAAUGUCCCUCUCAAUCCCUUUCGUCCCUCUUCCAUAUUGUAUGGUUUGUUUAUAUAUACAUAUAUAUAUAUAUUUACUAUUGUAUUCUAUAUUAUAUAUUAUUGCGAUUCGUUCCAGUGAUUCUCUCGAUAUUAUAAGACGAUAAAGGAUAUUGAAAAUUCACUACGAUCGUCCCUUACGUAGAGUAAUUACUCUCAGGAUUGUUUAACAUUUAUAAUAUAUUACGAUUAUACUCUAUUGUAUUUGUAUGAUAAUUUAUAACACGUUUGAAAUAAACUACAGUAACCAUGAA